CCGCGGCGCUAGUGCGGCCCGCCCGGCCGCGUGGGCGCCCUGUGCUCUGCUGCUCUUUGCCGGGCCGGCCUGGCUGUCGCCAUGGCAGCAGGCUCCGAGGCCGGAGUGCCCCAGACCCUGGCGGCUGGAGCCGGAGGGGAGGAAGAAGGUAAGCAUGGCAAACCUUUUACACCAGAGAAGGCCAAAGAAAUCAUAAUGUCUUUGCAACAACCUUCGGUCUUCUGUAACAUGGCUUUUGAUUGGCCGGCACGACACUGGACGGCUGAACACCUUUCUGAGGUCCUUGGUGGCAAGCAGAUCCGAUUCAGAAUGGGGCUGCAAAGGACUGACACAGCUCCUCAGUUUGAAACUGCAUGUAGUUACGUAGAUGCCACACUCGAAGAGUUCCUGACUUGGAACUGUGACCAGUCUAGUCUUUCUGGACCGUUUGGAGACUACGAUCACUCCAAAUUCUGGGCUUAUGCUGACUAUAAGUAUUUUGUCAAUCUAUUUGACGAUAAGACGGAUGUUUUCCAGGAGGUGAUGUGGUCUGACUUUGGGUUUCCUGGAAGAAAUGGACAGGAAAGCACCUUGUGGAUUGGCUCACUGGGAGCCCACACACCCUGCCAUCUGGACUCCUAUGGUUGCAACUUAGUAUUCCAGGUACAAGGAAGGAAAAUGUGGCACCUCUUCCCUCCUGAAGAUACUCCUUUCCUUUAUCCAACACGAAUCCCUUAUGAGGAAUCCAGCGUGUUCAGCAAAGUCAAUGUUGUCAACCCUGAUCUAAAGCGUUUCCCACAGUUCCAGAAAGCUCAAAGACAUGUGGUUACGCUGAGCCCAGGACAGGUUCUGUUUGUUCCCAGGCACUGGUGGCAUUACGUGGAAUCCAUCGAUCCUGUCACUGUCAGUAUAAACUCAUGGAUUGAGCUGGAAGAGGACCACCUGGCCCGGGUGGAAGAGGCAAUCACCCGCGUGCUCGUGUGUGCCCUGAAAACCGCAGAGGACCCUCGCAACCCCAGGGCCUGGUUAAACCCGACGGAGGUUGAGGAAAUAUCCCACGGAGUCAAUUGUCACUACUUAAAUGGAGCCGUGUCUGCCUUCCUGGAGCAUCAUAGAGCAUCCGGGGAGAUAGAAGGCCAAGCAUUGCAAACAAAUGGGAAGCACAGGAAAAAGGAAGAAUUACACGCUUGCAGCCAUGUGGAGGUAGAACAAACAUGUAGCCCAAACGUGAACAAACACAGAGCCACAAAACAGAAGGCAGUGGACCCUUUUGGCCCAAACUUGGUCGCUGUCACACUGCUAACCGAAGAACCACUGUCAGAAAGGGGAGGCGUAGUGGAAGGUGAUGGUAAAGGCUUUGUUGACAAGGAUGGAGAAGGCUUUGGACAAUUGCAUGGCACCAAGUGGGAACAAGUGCCAAACAGAGGUGAGACCGUGUCUGCGGAACACGUGGCCUCCAGCAGCACCGCAGCCACUUCCCAAGCACUCGUGACUACUGACGACCUGCUGGACUGCGUGGUGAACCCACAGGUGACCAGGAUGGUAGCACAACUUCUACUACAAGGAAGAAGUUUGUGAUUCUGUUGGAUGACUUUUUAAAUAAUAUUUUUAAAAUAUAUAUUUUUAAAUAAGGUGAUUUGCAAAUAAAAGAGCAGCAAA